UACCCGUCAUUAAAAAGCCGACCCUUCUCUCUCCCACUCUCUCACCCCUAUUCCAUUUCUCUCUCUCUCUCUGAACACUCGUCUCUGUGGCUCUCUUUUUCUCUCUAUCGCUAUUUCAUCUCAGAUCCAAUCAUCCGCUUUUUUUUAAGCAACCAUGGGUGACGAAGGAGAAAAGACUUGCCCCCUCUGUGCUGAGGAGAUGGAUUUGACUGAUCAGCAGUUGAAGCCUUGCAAGUGUGGCUAUGAGAUUUGUGUUUGGUGCUGGCAUCAUAUUAUGGACAUGGCUGAGAAAGAUGAGACAGAAGGGCGGUGUCCAGCAUGUCGUACACCUUAUGACAAAGAAAAGAUUGUUGGCACGGGAGCAAACUGUGAAAGGUUGGUUUCUGAGAUGAGUACGGAGAAAAAAUUUAAGUCACAAAAGGGUAAGAGCAAAAUAUCGGAGGGAAGGAAGCAACUUAGUAGUGUAAGAGUUGUCCAAAGGAAUCUUGUUUAUGUUGUGGGGUUGCCAGUUAAUUUAGCAGAUGAAGAUCUCCUCCAGCGUAAAGAAUAUUUUGGCCAGUAUGGAAAGGUGGUGAAGGUGUCUAUAUCGCGGACAGCAGCUGGUGCCAUACAACAGUUUGCAAAUAGUACAUGCAGUGUAUAUAUAACUUAUUCAAAGGAGGAAGAAGCAGUGCGCUGCAUCCAGUCUGUACAUGGAUUCAUUUUGGAGGGUAGAUCUUUGAGGGCAUGCUUUGGAACGACUAAAUACUGUCAUGCGUGGCUGAGAAAUGUGCCUUGCAGCAACCCUGAUUGUCUAUAUUUGCAUGAGAUUGGUUCACAAGAGGAUAGUUUUACUAAGGACGAAAUAAUAUCCGCUUACACAAGGAGUAGAGUUCAACAAAUUAUUGGUGCAACAAAUAGUGUGCAACGGCAUUCAGGAAGUGCGUUACCACCCCCAGCAGAUGACUACUGCAGUGGCAGCUACGUUUCUUCCGGGAAGCCUUUAAGUAAAACUGCUACAUAUACAAAUAAUUCGGUGAAUGAUGCUAGAGUUUCUCCACCAAAUAGCAGCUCUGGUAGAUCUGCUGCUCUACCUAGUGGAGCCUCAUGGGGGGCUCGUGCUUCCAGUAAUCAACACUUAUCCAAAAGUGUGCCAUGUUCCGAUGGACUACAUAAGCAGAAACUUGAUGCCUGCGAUGGUUCGGGGACAUUUUAUACGGCACUUGCUAGCUCUAGUCAGGUUUCUUUGUUGCAUAGUGACACUGAAAAGAAACUGGUUCCUAGUGAAGAAAGCAACACAAGUCGAGACAAAAGCAAACUGGAAACUGUAGAACCUGUGGAAAAGGAUUCGAGCACAGAUGGCAGAACUAUUUUGAACAGUUCCUCCACGUCUGUACUUUCUGUUACUUCACCUAUAAACAGGCAAAAUGGUCAACCUACAUCUAAGGACCAGGGUAGAGAUGCCAUCAUGCCACCUGGUGCCAAUGACUCAAUUGAUCAAUCCCUAAAGUCUCGUGGAUCUGAUUCAGACGAAGAUACCAACAUAUCUGCGGAUGGAAAAAUUGAAAAUAUAUGCUCUGAAAUUUGUUCAAUGAGCAUUGAUGGACAUCAGCAGUUGCAGAAUGGCUAUGCUGAGCACAUUGGAGAAACGUUGACAUCUCAAACUUCUGGGAAAUCUGCAUUACCGAUUGUUGAGGUUUAUGCCUCAAGUAGUCAGUCUCAGAUGAAAUUGGAAAUGCAGACGCACGCCUCGCAAGUUGACUCGCUUGAAAUGGAAGAUAAUCUAUUAUCUUUUGAAAAACAAAGACUUAAGGAUCCUGAGUUUUCUUCUAACAGAGUCUGUAGACUAGAUUUUUCUCACUCUUUUCAUCUUUCACAGUAUUCUAAUAUUGAUUCUCCACCGCAUGAUAGUGCUGAUGCUUCAGUCGGAGUCAAUGUGGAUAGGCAAAUUGUAUAUUCAAAAGACAAUUUGAUACUUUCAGCUUCUAGUAAUCCUGUUAUGUCAAAUGGACAUCACAAGAAUGAACUCAGUAGUUCUUCUGAGUUAGUGAAUGAUGGUGAAUAUACUUACUUCUUUCCAAGUAAUGAGAACGAAAGUAUACUUUUGGGAAGAUUUGAAGGUGAAGCAGCCAGUCAUAGUCAUCAUGCCACUGAUGAGGGGGAAAGCAGCAUAAUAUCAAAUAUUUUGUCCUUGGACUCUUACUCAUGGGACGAGUCAUUAACUUCACCUAAGCGCCUGUCUAAAUUGUUUCAUGAAACUGACGUACAACAAGGGUCUUUUGGAGUACCUAGUUCACGGAAAAUCCAGAAUAGCAAUCAAUCAAGGUUUUCUUUUGCUAGAGAAGAGGAACCUAUGAACCGAGCAUCGGACUAUGGACCAACUAUCAAUCAUGUCGAGCAAGCCCUUAAGGACCGCUCUUUUGGCAAUGAUUUCACCAACAUCAACAGCUUUCAUAUUGAGAAGUUAGGUUCUCACAAUAGGUUAUCUCCAUUUAAGGGCAUGGAGUCGGAUAAUUUUGCCAGCAGUCACUCUUAUAUCUCUUCUAACAAGCUUUCUGUUUCUAGAUCUCAAGUUUCUGCCCCUCCGGGCUUCUCGGUGCCUAGUAGGGCACCUCCCCCUGGUUUUAUUUCUCAUGAGAGGACAGAGCAGAUUUUUGACCCACCCUCUGGAAAUUAUAUGCCCAAUGCUUCGCUUUGGCCAAGAAAUCAGUAUCAGGCACCCCCAACUGGUGAUUCCAUUGAUAAUGGCGAACUUGAGUUUUUGGAUCCUGCGAUUUUGGCAGUUGGCAAAGGGAUGCUUCCUGGUAGACUCAACAGCUCAAGCUUGGAUACCAGAUUAAGUUAUUCUCCACAGUUUACUACACUUGAAGACAUAAGAUUCCAGUCCUUGUCACAAAGAUCAGUUCCUACGCAUCAAAACCAGAGAUAUACAGACCCGGUUGACAAUUUUUCUCCCCUUGGUGACGCUUAUGGAGUUCCCUCUAGGGUAAUGGAGCAAACCCUAGCCAACAACCUGUCCCCAUUUUCCCAGUUCACUCUCCCUCAGCCUAGAAAUGCUAUAACAUCCAAUGGACAAUGGGAUGGGUGGAAUUCGGUGCAGGGUGAGAAUAAUUUAGGUAUGGCAGAGUUACUCAGGAAUGAGAGAUUGGGAUUACCUAAGUACUACAAUGGUUAUGAAGAUUCAAAGAUCCGCAUGCUAAAUUCUGGAAAUCUAUAUAAUUGGGCAAAUGGGAUUUAAAUUUGGUUGAGGAGACUUACUUGGCACAGUUUGAACUGAUAAUACUGGUGAAAUAGGAAGAUCGUGUGUGACUUAGAGAAUGCCUGCUUUAAGGACUUCAAUGCUUGGCAAUCUGAUGACCUGAUCACUGUUAUCGACUAAACAACCUGAGGCCUUGAGCACAGAAAUGAUUGCAUUCGAAGGACAUGAGAGUGAUUCACUAGUAGUCUGAAUGGGUUGCUUUUAAGUUGGUGGAGGAUCAAGCCCUUUCAAAUAGGGAGUCCCAAACCGACAGGUAAAAGGAGCUUGAGAUUCAGGCUUAAUGUGAUGGCAGCACAAGGAAUGUUGUUCACGAUGAAAUCAGAAGGUGAUCAUUUUAUUCGUAAUGCUGAAGCUUGUUAGUUUGUUUGUGAAGUUGAGAAACUAGAGAGGUGAUUGGAAAUAUUUUCUUCAUAAUGACGAAAAUUGAUUUGUGUGGAGGCAAUUUCCGGAAAUGGAAUUAUGUUUACACAGUAUGUUUGCUUAUUUACUUGAGAAUGUACUCAAGAAAAUGAGUUUUCUUAUUUAUUUGUUUUCACAAAAAAUCAAUGAAUACGUCCUAGUGACAUGUUUUUGCCCCUCAUAUUGAAAAAUUUGUAGCUGUAUCAAUGUAUUUUUAGGAAUGCAGUAACUCUGAGUUCAUGUAAAUGGGAUAUUAUGGGACAACAAAAUGCAUAAUAUUCUACCAAA